CCAUCAUUUCCGGUUCAGCACAGGAAUAGCCGGAGCAGUUCUGGGCUCUGCUUUCCUGAUCCGCCCAAUACUCCAACGCUCUUCCCGCUUUCUAGGUCGUUGGGGAAAGUAGGUGCGAAGAAAGUUUUCCGGUUUCAGGGUCGCGCGAAUCGCAGCUUAGCCUGCUUCGCCUUGCUCGUUGCCCGCAGCCACUCUCGGCUACAGGCAACGAGCUUUCUGUCGUCAUGGCCAGAGGCCGCCGCGGCCAGGCGCGUGUGAGUCCGCCUUUCGCUGCCCGAGCGUUCCCGUGGCCUCUGGGACCGCCGGUGCCCGCCUUGGCCUGAGCGUAGCCCCUUCCGAGUACGGGGGCCCCCUCGCGCUGGGCCACAUGGCCUCCGAGGUGCCGUCCCAGCCGCCGUCGCCUUCGUCGUCGCCGCCCACCUCUCCCGAGCCCGAACUGGCCCAGCUGAGGCGGAAGGUGGAGAAGUUAGAACGCGAGCUGCGGAGCUGCAGGCGGCAGGUGCAAGAGAUCGAGAGGCUGCUGCAUCACACAGAGCGGCUGUACCAGAGCGCCGAGAGCAACAACCAGGAGCUCCGCACUCAGGUGGAAGAGCUCAGUAAGAUACUCCAUUGUGAGAGAAAUGAAGAUAAUAAAAAGUCUGAUGUAGAAGUACAAACAGAGAACCACACUCCUUGGUCAAUUUCAGAUUACUAUUAUCAGACAUACUAUAAGGAUGCUAGUCUUCCAGAUAAAGCACCUGAACUCUCAGCUCAACAAAGUCAGGAUACUGACGCGUCUGCUUUUAACUCUGAAGACCAGUCACAAAUAGAAAAUGAUGUUUACACUGGCACUGGCGUAACAGAAGAUGUUAAAUAUAGACAAGAAGACCUGUUUCCCUCCAAUUCGCAGGAGUCAGCACCUGUAUUAACGACAGAAGAUACAUCUUUAGAGGGUUCCUCAUUAGCUGAAAGUUUGAGAGCAGCAGCAGAAGCUGCUGUAUCACAGACUGGAUUUACUUAUGAUGAAAAUACUGGGUUAUAUUUUGACCACAGCACUGGCUUCUACUAUGAUUCUGAAAAUCAACUAUAUUAUGAUCCCUCCACUGGAAUUUAUUACUACUGUGAUGUAGAAAGUGGUCGAUAUCAAUUUCAUUCUCGAGUAGAUUUGCAAACUUAUCAGACUUGUAGCAUAAAACAAAGUAAAGAUAAAAAACUGAAGAAGAAAAGAAAGGAUCCAGAUUCUGCAACAAGUGAAGAAAAGGAUUUGAAUUUAGAAGAUCAAAAAGUAUUCACUGUUGAACAAAUAAGCUGCAAUGAGGGAGAAGAUUUUGCAAAUGUGAAAAAGAAGGCCAAAAGAGACACUCAUUACAAAAAUAGUUCCCCCAAAUUCACUGUUCCAGUUAGUGGGAACACUGUAGAAUCUCCUUCUAAUGAAAACACCUAUAAUUUGACUUCAUCUAAAGAUGAGAAAAUCCUAGAGACUGAUAGUGAGCCAGAAGAAGGUGAAAUUACAGACUCUCAGACCGAGGACAGUUAUGAUGAAGAUGCCAGUGAAGACAGUGUAACUGCAGAGGACACUGAGGAUGAAGAUGAAGAGAAAAUUUGGCCCCCCUGUAUCAGAGUAAUUGUUAUUAGAUCACCAGUGCUGCAGAUAGGAUCACUUUUUAUCAUUACUGCUGUAAACCCUGCUACAAUUGGAAGAGAAAAAGAUAUGGCACAUACUCUUCGAAUCCCUGAAGUUGGUGUCAGUAAGACUGCAGAAGUUGGGAAAAAUCUUCAGUUUCUUCAUCUUUGGUGUCAGUGGUUGUUUCACGCAGAAAUUCAUUUUGACCAUGAGUUACAAAGUUAUGUCCUCGUGGAUCAAGGAAGUCAGAAUGGCACAAUUGUUAAUGGAAAACAGAUUCUUCAGCCUAAAACUAAAUGUGACCCAUAUGUGCUUGAGCAUGGAGAUGAAGUGAAAAUUGGAGAGACUGUAUUGUCCUUUCACAUUCACCCUGGAAGCGAUACCUGUGAUGGCUGUGAACCAGGGCAGGUUAGAGCUCACCUUCGCCUUGAUAAGAAAGAUGAAUCUUUUGCUGGUCCAGCACUAAGUAAAGAGGAAAAAGAGUUGGAAAGAAGAAAAGAAUUAAAGAAAAUACGAGUAAAAUAUGGUUUACAGAAUACAGACUAUGAAGAUGAAAAGGCACUGAAGAAUCCAAAAUAUAAAGAUAGAGCUGGAAAACGUAGAGAACAGAUUGGAAGUGAAGGACCUUUCCAAAGAGACGAUGCCCCUGCAUCUGUUCAUUCUGAAAUUACUGAUAGCAACAAAGGUCGGAAGAUGUUGGAGAAGAUGGGUUGGAAAAAAGGAGAGGGCCUAGGGAAGGAUGGUGGAGGAAUGAAAACUCCGAUUCAGCUUCAGCUUCGGCGGACACAUGCAGGCUUGGGGACAGGGAAAGCAUCCUCAGUUGAAGAUGUUCACCUUCUCCAAAACAAGAGCAAAAAGAACUGGGACAAAGCACGAGAGAGGUUUGCUGAAAACUUCCCAGAAACUAAGCCUCAAAAAGAUGCUUCAGGAUCCAUGCCUUGGGUAAAAGGGAGUACAGAGUGAAGCUCAAUCAGAGAACAAAAUUCAGGCAUUUAAAAAGAGUUUGGAAACUCUUUAUUGCAGAACUUUCCCCUACAAAAGCAUCAGUGGCACCAGGGAACUAUGUCAUAAUUUACUCCCUCAGGACUCAAAAGUGUGUAAUAAAGUAUGGUUUAGUUAUGUUGGUAAACUUUGCAGCUUUUAAAAACCAUUUUUUAAACAAAUAAAUAGUGACUGAAUCAAGUUAUGCUAUAGUGGACUAAAGUUCACAGGGCGCAGAUGAGCUUAUCAAACUGUGUUAUCUAGUCAUUUACAUUCCCCAUAUAAGCAAAUACCAUAAAAGCAGGAUCUAUAUAACCACUGAUGACCUGAAUGUACAUUUGUCUUUGUACAUUUGUCCUAUGUCCAUAUAUUCAUUAUUCUAAGAUGCACAGCAAAAGAAACAUGAGAAGUUUAUAAAAAAGUUUUAACCAUGUGCAUCCUUGUUUAUUCCUUUAGAAACUAGAUAAAAACAUUGAGAAAAUAUGGGUAGUGGUACACAGACUUCAUUAUCCUUGAAAUAUAGCCUAAGUAAUACCAUUGAAGACUUAAUGAACAGGUGACAUGUUGUAGGAAAUUAGCUUUUUAUUGUUUUCUUCUGUGAAGAAUCGAUUAACUUGUACUAUAUAUCAAGCAUUUACUUUUGGUGUGUUUCGUAGCUAAUGAGAACUUUAGAGAUGAAAAACUGAAUAGUACAGUAUUAAAAUACUCAGUGUGCUGGCAUUCGUAGUUUUGAUAAAUCCCAUUGCUGGCAAUGGAGUUGUACCAGAGAAAUCUGAUUGCUAGUGCAAACGGAUUAGCCAACCAGGGCCUCAAACUCAAGAUAUUUAUUGCAGAUAUACUCAAACGCAAUAAAAACAGUAUUAUAACAUCAAAAAGAGUGAUUCAUUGAAGCAAGGAUUUAAAUACAUUGGUCUGUUUUGAACUUAUAACCAGCCAGAAUUUCCCUCUUUAAAUUGGCAGAAGGAUAACCUCAGAUACUGGAGAACUGCAGUGCAGCCUUCUGGGUACAGGUGUCACUGCUCUGCCAGUUAUCACUAUUCUCUUUGCUUCUGCUCAGCCUUCUCUCAGCUUUUUGCUGGUAACUAACGCUGGAACUGUCCCUUUUCUGAGAGUGAACAGAAGUUAUAGCUCCCCCAUCUAUUAUAAAGAAAUAGCUACAAAAUUUAAAAAUAAGAAAUGGAAAAUCCUGGUGAAAAAAAUUGUACAGUAGGGUAGAUAAUUCAGAAAGAAAGGUACUACCUUUUGGGAUUUCCAGCUAAAGUUUAGAGUCCUUAGGAAUAAAGAGUGAGGAAAAGGAAAAGGUCUUUUUCUGUAUUCUUCCUGGAUACCUACAUAUCUGAACACACACACUCACUCACUCAGGACUGGAGACAACAAAAAUGUCCUACAUUGUUUUCUCUAAAAUAGAAAAAAGUUAUUGCAUUGUCACUAGUCUGAAUGUGAUUCUGGUCUGGUGCUGGUCCCUUAUAUAGCUAAUAAUGUAUUUAAAAAAAAAAACAAAAACCAGUUGCUGUUGAGUCAACUCCAAGUCACGGUGACCGCAUAUGUGUCAGAGUAGAGCUCUGCUCUAUAGGGUUUUCCAUGGUUGAUUUUUUUUAGAAGUAGAUUGCCAGGCCUUUCUUUUGAGGUACCUCCAGGUAGACUUGACCUUCCAACCUUUAGAUCAGUGGCCGAGGGUGUUAAUCAUUUGUACCACCUGGGAACUCCCAUGAUAAUCUAACCCUAAAAAAAACUAAACCCAUUGCCAUUGAGUCAAUUCCGACUCAUAGUGACCCUACAGGACAGAGUAGAACUGCCCCAUAGGGUUUCCGGGGAGUGGCUGGUGGAUUCAAACUGCCAACCUUUUGGUUAGCAGCAGAGUUCUUAACUACUGCACCACCAGGGCUCCCCCAAAAUAAUAAUAUAUAACCCCCAAAAUAGAUU